AUGUCUAUCGCUCUUGAAGCACACGACCACAAUGACGCGAGUAUACGGCAGUCGAAUCCUGCCGCAACUCAAGUCACCUCAUCUCAGAUUUUACACGAAGCUCACGAAUCGAAACGCUCCACACUUACGAAGCCGAAGCAGGACAUACGAGACUUGGAAGAGCUCCGACUGUUCCAACUAACGAAACGCCGCAAUUAUGAACAGCAGCUUAAUAAAAACAGACUCAACUAUGGCCAAUGGAUGCGAUACGCUAAAUGGGAGAUAGAACAGAACCAUGACUUCAAGCGUGGACGGUCGGUUCUAGAAAGAGCGUUGGAAGUGAAUGUACAACAUGUUCCAUUUUGGGUACGCUAUAUUGAGCUUGAACUACUAUACAAAAAUGUCAACCAUGCGAGAAAUCUAUUGAAUAGAGCUGUUACCACACUUCCUCGAACGGACAAGUUCUGGUUUAUGUAUGUGCAGAUUGAGGAGUCUUUGGCGAAUUUCAAAGCUGUUAGAGAGAUCUUUGAGCGCUGGUUGAAAUGGCAUCCAAUGCGUGGGGCAUGGUUGGCGUAUACAUCUUUUGAGGAGCGAUAUAACGAGACUGAUAAUGCCAGAGAGAUCUACAGGCGAUAUGUUGCAGAAUUUCCUGAUUCAGAACUGUGGGUGCAGUGGAUUGAUUUCGAGCUAAAACAGCCACUAGAUGACGAUGAGCACAAGGCCUCAAUAAGAGGAAUUUUCGAAACAGCUGCAGACUCACUAUUGGCACACAAAAGCGUACAACAAGACUCCAGUGCAUGUGAGUUGUUGAGUCGCUGGAUUACAUGGGAAGCUUCGCAAGGCGAAACUGAUCGUUCACAAACCAUCACCUCCAAAAUCCUAGAAGAGGACUUUCUACUGAAAGAGCAAAAGGUCGAUCUAGUAAAGAGGAUAAAAAAUCACCACAGCCUCAGCAGUGCUGGUGACAAUAGCAUAUUAAAACAAAAACUUCAACUCGAGAAAAAUGUCACUUCAGAUCCUUUUGACUAUGAUAGUUGGUGGGAACUUAGCAGAAUCGUGGAUUCUUCAGAGGCCAUCAAAUUCAGAGUCACUACUCUUGAAAGCGCUAUUGCGCAUACCCCAAAGGAUGUCAAUAAACUGACUCAAUGGAGACGGUACAUCUUUUUAUGGAUUAAAUUGGCGUUGGUGUAUGAGUUUGAAUGCAAAGAUAUUGCGAAGGCCAGAGACACUUGGAAGCGUGCUUUGGCUAUUGUACCGCACAAAAGAUUUUCGUUCGCAAAGUUGUGGAUCAUGUUUGCCCAAUUUGAAAUUCGCAACGAAAAGAGUUUGGUUGAAGGCCGUAAGAUUUUAGGCAGAGCUAUCGGUUAUGGAUGCCAAGCCAAGCCUAAGAGCAAGAUCUUCAAAUUCUACAUUUCAACGGAAAAAGAACUUUCCGAGUACGAAAGAGUACGGAAAAUUUACGCCAAAUGGCUUGAAGUCUCUUAUUUGCAUGAUAAGCUGAGCGGUGGAACACUCUCACAUGAUGUACUUCUUGAAUACCUAUCGUUUGAGAAAUCAAUGAACGAAUCAGAGAGAUGCAUCGAACUCUAUCGCUUGGGAAUUAAAGAAGAGUUCGACAAUGGAACCAUGUUUUUGUCCCAGUUCAUUGAGUUCCUUAAGGAAGAGUUUAGAUACGACGACGCAAGAAACGUUCUCAGGGAGGAAAUCGCUUCAAGAGAUGAAGCGAUUGUGUGGAUCAUGCUUGCAUUAUUUGAGUCAAGUAUCUUGUCGCCAGAGCAAAUCAAUACUCUUGCAACUGUUGGUUCCGAGGAGACAGAUUUCGAAUUGGAAGAGUAUCACGUCAAUAACACUAGACUCAUAUUCGAAGAAGCAUACAAUCAUUUUAAGAAGGAGCACAAAGGAGCCGAUGCUAUAACGCUUCUCAAGUCCUGGAAAGACUUUGAAUCAGAACACGGUGAUGCCGAGACCAUUUCGAGAAUCGAAGGGAAGAUGCCCAAUCUCGUCACGAAACAGAGAGAAAUUGAUGGAAUGACCGAGGAAUAUUAUGACUACGAAUUCCCAGGCCCCAAGAUCAAUAAAUUUUUGGCUAACGCCAGGAAAUGGGCUAAUGCAUCUUAA